AUGGACGCAGAGACAUUAUUAAACAAGCUUUUGGUUCUUGUCGAUAUUCUAAAGUACUCGAAAACCACCAGCGUACUUCAAUGGGAUACAUCCUACUUACAGGACGCAAUACAAUGCGCUUAUGAAGUUGAGAACCAAGUACUUUGCAUGUCGGAACAAGAAUUUGUUCCUAUUUAUCAAAAGAUACUUGAAGUAACUGGAAAUGAAAAUUCACAUUAUUCGAUCCAUGAAAUCGCCAGCAUUCGUCAUUCAAUUUAUUUCUCAUUGUUGUCCAAUAACAAUUUACCUGCCGACUUAUACUAUUAUGUGUUGAGCUCUUAUCCGGCUUCUAGUUUCAGCAUUGGAAAAGAUUCCCUUUUGCAGGAUAUACGAAGAAUUGGCCAGACUUGUGCUACGGUGGAUGUUUUACUGGGAAUGGGAUUAACGUUGCAGGAAAGCCUAAUGACCAUUAAUGAACAACAUUCAUACGAACGUCCUGAACAAUUAUCUGUCUUAUAUGAGUUUUCAUUCAAGCUUCUUCCGGACACCGUAACAAAAAGAGCAACUGCUCGUCCUCUCUUGGAUAAAUUUACUUCGUUGGUUGAUGACGAUGGAGAAAUUUCUGCACACUUUCUGGAUCAGAUACAUGAAGAGGCAGCCUCGAUUCCAAUGAAUAAUUAUGAUGGAAUGCAAAUAAUUGCACACGCGAUAAUAUUAACUGAUGAAGACGGCUACAAAAAUUCAUGCAAGGCUAAAAAAGUACAGGAAAUAUUAUUAAGCUGGAUCCUGUCAAUUAUUCAUAAAACUGACGCUCAACAAUGCGAGAUGUUUCCUGUGCAACUAGAAAAUCAGUUUUGGAUGUUACAUCCGUGGAUUCUAGCACAGCUUUCGUCAUUGAGCUACCAAAUCUUCGAUUUAUAUGGUCAGACACUAAUUAGUUGUAUGAAUCAGGAGAAAAAAAUUCACCAAAGAAAUUACGUGCACCGAUUAAUCACUGAUGGUAGUAAUAAUAAUGAUGACGAUUCGAUAAUAAUAAACCCACAAUUGAGUGAACAUUGGAUGGCUUUAAAAUAUCAGAAAAAUGAAAGAGUGCAGUUUUUGACUAAUCAAUUAUUAGAAAACGAUUGGUUCACAUUCAAGAAUUGUUUGGAUCCAUAUUCGACUCGUGAACAAUCUAAAUUUGAAAUAAUGUGGAUUGAUUUUUAUAAUAGUAUGGGAAUGUUUUAA